GCGUGAUGACGUUAGGAUGAGGCGGAGCAGAUGAUUUGAAAGUGGCGGGCGGGCUGGUAAAUGUACCGUACAAGAUAGACAAGGAUCAUCGGCAUAUAAACAAAUAACGCUAAUAAUUUUACUUUUACGCUACUUCGCUAAAUGAAAAGGGAUCUAUGUAAACACUGUUUCCGUUAAACGUGGGAGUGCGGGUCAAACAAAAGGGAAACGUGAAUCUUGCUCUAAUUUUGAUUUCCUUUUGUGGAAAGUGCAAAGCGGAUAAGGAACCCCAGCAUGUCAAAGGAAGAGGAGAAGGGCAUUCCUGUUCGUGUUGCCCUGAGGUGCAGACCCUUGGUGCCCAAAGAGGUCAAUGAAGGGUGUCAGACAUGCCUCACGUUUGUCCCAGGAGAGCCACAGGUCAUUGUUGGCAAUGAUAAGGCAUUCACUUAUGACUAUGUUUUUGACCCAAUGACUGAACAAGAGGAGGUCUUCAACACAUCUGUCUCACCCCUGCUGUCAGGACUGUUCAGAGGAUACCAUGCCACGGUUCUGGCGUAUGGACAGACGGGCUCGGGGAAGACCUUCUCCAUGGGGGGCACCUACACAUCUGCUCAGGAGAACGAGCCCACUGUGGGGGUCAUUCCCAGGGUCAUCCAGCGGAUCUUUCAAGAGAAGGAGAAGAGGGUGGACAGCGAGUUCUCUCUCGCUGUGUCUUACCUGGAGAUAUACAAUGAGGAUAUUCUGGAUCUGCUCUGCGGAUCAAAGGACAAGCCAGCUAUCAGCAUUCGAGAGGAUCCCAAGGACGGCAUAAAGAUUGUAGGCCUGAUGGAGAAGGAGGUGCAGAGUGCCCAGGAGAUGGUGGGGUGUCUGGAGAUGGGUAAUGGCUCGCGCACGGUGGGCUCCACCGCCAUGAACGCGGCAUCAUCCCGCUCACACGCCAUCUUCACCAUCACCCUGGAGCAGCGUGCCAGCGCAGACAGAGGCGAGUCCAUGGUGUCCAAACUACACCUGGUGGAUCUGGCUGGUUCUGAACGACAGAAAAAAACGAAGGCGGAGGGCGAAAGACUAAAAGAAGGGAUCAGCAUUAACCAAGGUCUGCUAUCACUGGGCAAUGUGAUCAGUGCGCUGGGGGACGAAAGCAAGAAGGGGAACUUUGUGCCGUACAGAGACUCCAAACUGACCCGCCUGCUGCAGGAUUCUCUGGGAGGCAACAGUCACACCCUAAUGAUCGCGUGCGUCAGCCCGGCUGACUCCAACAUCGAGGAGACCAUCAACACCCUGCGCUACGCAGACCGCGCCCGCAAAAUCAAGAACAAGCCCAUCAUCAACGUGGACCCCCGCUCUGCAGAGAUGAAGCGGCUGAAGCAGCAGGUCCAGGAGCUGCAGGUGAUGCUGUUGCAUGCAAGAGGAGGUGUGGCCCCAGUGCUCUCUGGAUCGGAGCCCGCGGAGAACGUGUCCAAGGUUCUGGAGAAGAACCGCUGCCUGCAGAAGGAGAACAGCAAGCUAAGCCGGGAGCUGAGCGAGGCUGUGGGCCAGACCGCCCUGAUGUUCGAGAGGAUACUCAUGACGGAACAGGCAAAUGAGAAACUGCAAAGUAAGCUGGAGGAGCUGAAACAGCAUGCUGCCUGCAAGGUUGACCUGCAGAGGGUGGUGGAGACCCUGGAGGAUCAGGAGCUGAAAGAGAACGUGGAGGUGAUCCGCAAUCUGCAGCAGGUUAUCAUGCACCUGCAGGAUGAGAGUGCUGGGAUUGCGGCCUCUAUUGAGGCCCUGGCCUCGCAGUCGGCAGGCGAGGGGGCGGAGCCGGAGCAGGGCGAGGAGGCGGGGCGUGGCAGUCCUGGGGAGGAGCUGGCGGUGGGCCUGGGCAGCAGCGGUACAGGGAAAUGCUCCCCCGAGGCCUACACUACCCAGCAUGCUCUGCGGCAGGCACAGAUGUCUAAGGAGCUGAUCGAGCUGAACAAAGUGCUGGCUCUGAAGGAGGAAUUUGUCAGGAAAAUGUGCCAGAGUGAGAGCCACCUGGAGCCAAUGCAGACCGAGCACCAGGAGAACAUGAAGGACCUGCACACGGCAGUCUCAUCUCUACAGCGAGAGAAAGAGGAGCUCAUCCUGGCUCUCCACUCUGCCAAGAAGGACCACAAUCAGGCCAAGCUGAGCGAGCAGCGCAGGAAGAGACUGCAGGAGCUGGAGGGUCAGAUCUCAGACAUGAAAAAGAAGUUGCAGGAGCAGGCCAAGCUGCUGAAGCUCAAAGAGGCGUCUGUGCGCAAUGUGACCAAACUCAACCAGGAGAUCCAGGCUAUGAAGUCCCAGCGUGUGCAGCUGAUGAGGCAGAUGAAGGAGGACUCUGAGAAAUUUCGCCAGUGGAAACAGAAAAAAGACAAGGAGGUUCUGCAGCUUAAGGAGAAGGACCGUAAACGGCAGUAUGAGAUGUUGAAGCUGGAGAGGGAUUUCCAGAAACAGGCCAGUGUCCUGCGCCGUAAAACAGAGGAGGCUGCUGCAGCGAACAAGCGUCUGAAGGACGCUCUGAUGAAGAGGAACGAGGUGGCAGAGAAACGGAAGGACACUCAGAGCCGCGGGAUAGAGGGAGCUGCUGGGAGAGUGAAGAGCUGGCUGAUGAACGAGGUGGAGGUGCAGGUCAGCACGGAGGAGGCGCGGCGCCACCUGCAGGACCUGCUGGAGGACCGCAAGAUCCUGGCCGAGGAGAUCUCCCAGCUUAAAGACCGGAUCGAGGCGGGAGAGCGAUCCUCCGCCAAAGUGCGACGGCGCACGUUCACCAUCGCUGAGCUGGAGAACCAGGGCGAGCUGGAGGCCUCCCUGGGGAAGCAGGUGGAGAACCUGGAGACAGAGAUGGGCCUGAGGAGUGCCCAGAUCGCUGACCUGCAGCAGAAGGUUCUGGACGCCGGUAGCGACGGGCGUGCGAAGCAGAGCUGGGACAGCAUCACCACCAUUGUGGAGGCCAAGUGUGCCCUCAAGUUCCUCAUGUCAGAGGUGGUGUCGGCCAAGGUGCUGACGGCCAAGCUGGAGAGCGAGCUGAACCAGGAGAAGGCCAACUACGCUGACCUGCAGCGCAUCCUGUGUGACGAGAGGAAGCUCAUGUCCGCCAUGGACGUGGAGCACCAGGGCCACCUGGUGGAGCUGGAGCAGAGGCACCAGGAGAAGGUGCUCUACCUGCUCAGCCAGCUGCAGAAUAAGCCGGUGGUGGCCGAGGCAGAGGAGCGGGCGGACCACCCGUCCAAACGGGAGAGGGAGCUGCUGCAGCGGCUGCAGUUCCAGGAGGAUGAGAUCGCGAAGAUGCAGGACCUGAGUGAGCAGAACCAGAGGCUGAUGGAGGAGAAUGAGCAGUACAAGCAGAGGCUGACGCUGCUUCAGGUGGCCAGCACAAAGAAAAUGUCUGUCCUGGUGCCCACCGCGAGCCAGUCUCCCGACACCUCCUUCGAAUACGUCCCCCCGAAGCCUCAGGGUCGCAGGGUCACGACCGCCAAGGCGCCUCGACUCCCCGCCACCAUCGAUAUUGACGAGCUGGUGUCCUCCGAGUCUGAGAUGGAAGAUAAGGCCGACGAAUGGCUGCCUGAGAAAAGCAAAGGGCGUAAAAAUGGCCGGAAGACCUCCAGAGUGACUGGGUGUGCCUGUAAGGGGCGCUGUAGCAACAAGAUGUGCCGCUGCCGCAAGGGGAAGAUGACCUGCGGUGAGAACUGCCUGUGUGACCACGAGAAGUGCCGCAACCUGGAGACGGCAGUGGCCACCGUGGACUCCAGUGAAAUGGAAGAUGGGUCGAAGGAUUCGGUUUUCACCCCUCAGGACCCCACUGCUGUGAGCCUGGCAGACUCCACCUUCUUCAAACCCCCCUCUGUCACUCCUACCAUGAAGGUGCUCAUGGAGAUCGGGGACAUGGCGCAACUCCCUGCUGAUCUGAAGCUGGUGAGGAAGCCUGCCGCUGUGGACGAGGAUGAGGAGGAGAAUGCGGCUAACACGACCAGCUUCCUGAAGAAGAAGAAGCGGGUCCUGACUAACAGCCAGAAUAGUUUCUUUUCUGGGUGCACACCCAUCCGGGAGGAGUCCUGAGGUGGCCCCGCCUUGCCCUGCCUGCCCCGUCCCGCCAGGGUAAUACCAACACAUUGUCAAUUGUAAAGCGCUUUGGAUAAAAGCGCUAUAUAAAUGCAGUCCAUUUACCAUUUACAUUGAUUCAAUCCCCGUCAGUCUUGUCCUUUCUUUCCACGAUGUCAUUUGAGUCUGUCUUUUUUUUGUUUUAAUUCAUGAAUAAAGCGUAGCUCUAUCAAUUUUAAAAUGUAGGCCUUUUGUUUUUCUUUGUAAAUUUCACUAGGACAUUGUUUUUUUUAAUUAUUUAAAUUUAAAAGCCAUUAUGAAGACUAAUGCACACCAGCAAGCAGAACUUUUGUAGCCUGUGGAAUGUAGAAUGUAGCCUGUAAAUAGUUUAUUCUGUAAAAAAAAUUCUGAAUUUUAGUUGGGAUCAGAUCUAUCUUUUUUUAAUGAAGCGCAUAUUCAUGUCCAUCCAAAUAUUAAAAUGUUUCAUUAAAAAGACA